AUGUGCAAGUACUUGGUUCAAGUACAUGUGCAAGUACUUGGUUCAAGUACAUUCACUAGAAAAGAAAAAAUAAUAACAACAAAUAAUAAUAACGGUGAGAAUAAUAAUAGUAUUAAACGUUUUUUGUCAUCGUCAAAACUCCUAAAAGAAAAGAAAAAAGAACGUGUACACUAUCCAGUAUCUCCAGAAGAAAAUCAACAAAUUUUUAUGUAUGAAAAACAACAGAAGAAGAAUAAAAUUAGUUUAAUUAAAAAUAAACAGGAAGAAGAACAAGAUCAUUUAUUAAUAACAAGUCCGGAAAUGGACACAAUUAUCUAUGUGGAUGAAGAAAUAGCAAAUGGCCUAAAUCAUGAUAAAAGUUUAACAGUUCUUGAAGAGUUUGACAUUGGUAUGUCUCUCAACUGUUUACCUUAUCCCAAACAGAUACGUAAAGGUUACUCUUAAAAAAGUUAAUUAUUUCAAAACUCAUAUAUUUUAAGAUGCACCCAGGGCAGCCUUGCAGUGAAAUUUAUUUUUCGACACUUCAUACACCAUUCGAUAGAGAAUUUCGCGGUGAUCACGAAUAUCACUUCCAAGGCUCUCAGAACCCUUUCCUCACU